UCCGCUCGUUUGGGGUCUCGGCGCCGCCGCCGCUGCCGCCAGCAUGAGCAGGGACUUCCUGGCCGAGCUGCACUGGGAGGAUGGCUUCGCCAUCCCCGUGGCCGAUGAGCACAACAAGGAGCUGGAGGCUACGCUGCUGAUGAUGCAGAGUGAGAGGACAGCCCUGCAAGAUGAGCUUUCUGACUACGAGGAGAGAAUCAGCGCCAUGAAGUGUCAUUUAAAAAAUGUCAAUCAGGAGUUUACGUUCACCCAGUCUCUUUACAGAGCCAGAAAAAAUGAGAUUAACACAGAAAAACACUUAAAGGCUAUUGCUUUGAGAGAAAUGGGACGAGUGGGCAAUGAGAUUCGCCGAAUGGAAAAAGAAAUGGCUACAGUCAGAGAAAGGAAAGCUGAAAAGGAGAAUAUCAUAUUCAAAACCUCUCAAAAACUGGAGUGUCUGAAGUGUCAGAUGAACUGGGAUCAGCAGGCUCUGGAGGCUUGGUUAGAGGAAUCAGCUCAUAAAGACAGUGAUGCGUUUGCCCUCCAGAAGUACACACAACAAGAUGACAGCAAAAUCAGGGCACUAAUUCUCCAAAUCGAGAGGCUGACGGUCGAGUGCAACGGGAAACGAAGGGCCCUGGACAGCGAGCUCACCGAGACCAUGUCUGCUCAGAUUGAGCUGGAUAAAGCAGCACAAGAUUUUCGAAGGGUUCACAGUGAAAGGCAAGAACUCAUCAAACAGUGGGAAAGUACAAUAGAGCAGAUGCAAAAAAGGGAUAAAGACAUCGAUGCUUGUGCUUUGUCGUUAGCAAAGGCAAAACAAGAGUUAAGAGCUAAAGAAAACAUGAUUAAGGAAAAGAUCAAAUUCUUGGAGAGCGAGACAGAAAACAAUGCAGAGUAUGAGAAGAAAAUCAAGUUUGCUGAUCGAAGAGCUUUGAAACUUCGCUUGAACUAUCAAAAUUGUGAAACAAAUCGAUUGCAGCUCCAGGAUGAGCUGGACACUCUCAAAGCCACAGUGACUAGAACAUCGAGUGACCUGGAAGCUAUUCGGAGAGAGGUGAUGAGUCUGAGGAAAAGAAUUCAGGAAAAAACUGACAAGUUGAAUGAAACUCGAGAACAGAAUGAGAUGCUCAGCAAAAAGCUAAAAGAGGUCAUGGAGAAAACUAUGAGUGCGGAGGAGAAAGCUGCCAGGAUCGAACGGAUACUAAAAGAGGAGGAAAAAGCUGUCAAGGAUGUGGAGUCUCAUUUGAGUAGAAUAAAGGAAGUGCUUUUUAAAAGUGUUGAGAAGUUGAAAAUUGCCAUGGAUGAGGAGAAGUCUGUUGUAUCUGAAAUUGAGGGGACCCGCUCCUCCCUGAAAAGCCUCAACCGCCGCUUAUACAAACUGGAUCUGGAAACCUUGAAGCAACAGGAGAUCAUGCAUAACCAGGAUUUUUAUAUUCAGCAAAUAGAGAGAAGAAUGUCACGGCUCCAGGGAGAACUUAAUGUGGAGGAAAAGAUGGUCCUUGAGACAAAACUUGUUGAACUUAGGAAGACUUUUGAAGAGAAAAAAAAUACAUCAGAACUAUUAGAAAACCAGAUCAAGAAGCUUGAUAAUGACCUCUAUUUUCUCAAGAAGUCAGUAUGUAAAACUGGUGAAGAAAAAAAUGGUCUUUUGAACAAAAUAAGCGAACUCAAUCUUUUUACUGACCGAUCAGAAAAAGAAUUGAAGAAAGCCAAAAACCUGAAACAGGACUUGCUGAUUGAAGACAAUCUUCAGAAGCUAGAGAUGAAACGUCUCCGAGAACUGCUUCACGCUAAAGCAGAUGAAGUCCUUUCCCUGGAGAAACGAAAGCAGCAAUUGUAUGCUGCGAUGGAAGAGCGGACUGAAGAAAUCAAGGUUCACAAGGCAAUGCUUUUAUCUCAGAUCAGAUAUGCUGACCAAGAACGGCAGAGCAUCAGUGCUGAAUUUCAUGACCGACUAAGUAAUGUUGAUAAACUGAAGAACAGAUACGAACUUCUUACAGUCGUCAUGAUGCCUCCUGAAGGGGAAGAGGAAAAAACGCAAGCCUACUAUGUAAUAAAGGCAGCACAAACCAAGGAAGAGCUUCAGCGUGAAGGUGACAAUCUGGAUAUCCAGAUACACAAGGCCGAGAAAGAGAUCUACGCCCUAGAAAACACGCUGCGAGUGCUGAACACCUGUAACUCCAACUACAAACAGUCCUUUAAGAAAAUCACUCCCACCAGUACUGAAUAUGAAAUGAAAAUUAAAUUGGAAGAACAAAAAAGAAAUGUGGAUGAAAAAUACAGAUACAAGCGGAGACAAAUCAGGGAACUUCAGGAGGAUAUCCAGGUAAAGGACAACAGCGGUGAUUCCCGUUUGCAGUGUUUUAUGGUUUUCAAGACACUUUCUCUACAGAAGUCCCGGGACCUGGUUACUGUGCCCAGCAUCCUCAUUUUACAGACACUCCAGAACAUGGAACACACUUUAGAAGUCUUGAAAAAUCUAAUAAACAAUUGCAAAGAAAGGUUUGCCAAGAAGCAGGUUUACGUGAUUGACUUAAGCACUGGCACUGAAGAGCAGAAGCCCAAAAUAGAGAGAGUCAAGAGACAGUGUACUAAACUCACCAAAGAAAUCCGUCUUGCAAGGAAAACUGAAGAACCGACUAUAGAAGAAUAUGAUAUCAGUCUUCGAGAAAUCAAAGACUAUAACAAAUCCAUUGACAAGUUGUUAGUUGAGGCUACCUUAGAAAAUCCUGAAUUAUCUGGCAUUUUCCAGACAUACUUUCAACAGGUGGGUUUGGAACUACCGACAGCGAGUACUACAAUCAGCCGCCGUGCAUCUAGUUCUUCUUCUCAGAGCUCACUAUCAGCACGGUCGACGAAGAGUGGAGCCUCGGUUAAACCCAAAGUUGUGCAGCUGGGCUUGGAAAUCUCUUCACCAGUGGGUUCAGUCAGUCCAGCUAGCUCCAGUAGUGAUAAAAGCCUAAAGUGACAUUUUUUUAGCUCCAGGAUGAAUUUACAUUUAAUGAUGUUUUUGAAUGUUAAACAAAAUGUAGGUGAAGUCUGUACUUAAUUAUUGUAUAUUAGUCUACAAAAAUAUAUAUUAUGCUACUGUUGGAAAUUAUAAGUGACCAAACAAGUUUUACUUAGGAAAAAUAUAUAAUAAAAAUGAACAAAAAUCACUCAAGUAAAAAACAAACCAUUUUUCUAAAGUGUUUUCUCCCUUAUUUUGUCUUAGAAGGAAAUGGUGUAAAGUAUUUUCAUAUUCUCACAGUAAGGUUGUACUUCGUAAGCAAUUUCCUGUCUCCUACCUUAAUACAGUAAGGAGGAGUUGUAUUAGAAGAGUGCAUGCUCAUUGUUAAAUAAUUGUGCUUUUGAUGUAAACUAUGAAAAAAAAAUUCUACCACCAGGAAGAUGAUGUGUUUUAAGACUAGUCAUUCAAUCUAUUAGGGAUCUGAAAGACUUCUCAAAACUCUGAAAGAGAAUAGACAGUGUACAGGUUACCCCCAAAGUCUUAGAGCAGUUUUAAGCCUCAGUAGCUUUAAGGCUCAAAAGCCCUUAAACUCUGCAAGGAUCUCUGGGAUAGCCCAUACCUGAGCUUCCCUUUUCCUAGUCUGCAACAAGUAAUACUUGUUGAAGGAACUUCUCCAUCAUGGGCGGUUGGCACACCACAUUACUACUUUUACGGGUAUCCAUUUUUAAAAUUAAUUUUUAACUCUUAAAAAAGUGUCCAACUCUUCAAAGUGCCCUAGUGAUUGAAGGGCUCAAACCUAGUCUUUUAAAUGAAUCCUAAUUACAAAAUUUAUUUUGUAAAGAAACUUUUGCAUUUCACUUUGUUCAAAUCUUAUAUUUAUGCAAUUAAAUUACAUUAAAUUUUGCUAUGCUUAGCAAUCUCAAUGGGAGAGAAAAUUGUAAUUUGUCAAGUGUCUGAAAAGCAAGAUUCAUAUUGCACUGUGAUGAGAAGAAAACAAAAUGAAAAGAAUUCAACUUAAGAAGAGUGUGAUAUUAGUGAUCAUGUACCAGAUAGGAUGGGGAACUGUUUUGGCAAAAAUGCAUAAUUUAAUUUACCCUGUACUUAUGAAAUUUUACAUUUGCAAGAGAGUAGAAUAAAUACUUUUUGUGAAGCUUAGAUGAAAAAACAUGUAAUUCUUUGGAUGCUGUGAUGGGAGAAGGAAGGUCAGAUUCAAUAAAGAUUUUCUUGGUUAAUACUUA